CUCGUAUAUGCUAACUAUAUUCGAGUAAAAUAUGCCGAGGACAACUCGAGCAAUGAGAAACUUAUUUAAACACCACCCCCCAGCGGUUUCUUCCUCAUGGUUAUCCAGCAAUAUCCCUUUACACUCAUACACUCAUUGAUGAUGCUUCUCUCAAGUCUCUUGCUCCUUACCGGGGCCCAGUCAGCUUUUGCCAAAUGCAAAUGCAUACCAACAGAUGAUUGCUGGCCCUCAGUAUCCAAGUGGGAUGCACUCAACUCCACUGUGGGAGGAAAGCUUAUUCACAAUCAACCUCUCGCCAAAGCAUGCUAUCAAGGUCCUGGUUACAGUGCCGAACAGUGUCAAAGCAUCGCUGCCGACUGGAACGACAAUUCCUGGCUGGCGAAUUCUCCAAUCGGAUAUAGCUAUCCGCUCGUUGAUACUUGUCCCCCGAUUAAUGCCUCCGUCGCUGCGUACCCACCAUGCGAACUGGGAAAUUCCCCCCUUUAUACCAUCAAAGCCAAACAAGCGGAUGAUGUCGUCGCUGGAAUUAAAUUCGCGAAGGAGAAUGAUGUGAGACUGGUGAUCAAAAACACUGGACAUGAUAUAUCGCAGCGAUCGCAAGGAUACGGCAGCUUGUCAAUUUGGAUUAAGACCAUUCGAAAUGGCCUUGAAUAUCAUGAUAAAUAUGUUCCUUCCGAUGGAUCUUGUCAGUCUGAUUGGACUGGAAGCGCAAUCACUAUUUCAGGUGGAUAUGUGUGGCAGGAUGUAUACGACUUCGCCGCCCGGUACGGGCACGUUGUUGUUGGUGGAGGUGAUCCUACUGUCGGUUGUAUUGGCGGGUACCUCCAGGGUGGUGGUCAUGGCUCUCUAAGUCACGAAUUCGGUCUAGCAACAGACCAAGUUCUCGAAUACCAAGUUGUCCUUGCCUCGGGAGACAUCGUGACAGCGAAUGCGUGUCAGAACAGCGAUCUCUUCACUGCUCUCCGCGGAGGAGGUGGUGGCACAUAUGGCGUUGUUUUAUCGGCUACGGUCAAAGCAUACCCCACGCGUCCAACCCUCUACCACAGCCUGACAAUCACAGAUCUAAAACGAAACUCAUCUGCAAUAUUGAACGCGACUGCUCAUAUGAUGUCUAAAUAUCCCGUUAUCGUUGAUGAAGGGUUUGCCGGUACCGCUAUUCUCACACGGGCAUAUGGACCAUGGACAUAUACGGCUCCUUUCAUCAAGUUCCUUGCGAAUGACUCUCUUGACGCUAUUAACCAGGCCAAGGAGAUGAUGAAUCGGGAGAUAGUUAAUGACCUGCUUCCUGGCAAUGGGACCGAAUACCUCGUUGAGUCUCAAUGGCAGACCCACCGUUCGUGGGACGCAUGGUAUUCCUCAACGCACCACACGACUCCUGGAAAUAACCAGCCAAUCAUGGCAUCGCGGUUCUUUGAUAAGAAGUCUCUGGUUGCUCAGCAGGACAAACUUGCCAAGCUGCUCCAGAUUCUGACGACCGAUGUUAGUGAAGGGGUCCACACCACGAGUACAGUGGACGUACUCCUGAAUAUUGUCGCGGGUGGGAAAGUCCUCGAAGAUGCACCGCAUACUUCUGUUAAUCCAGCGUGGAGAAAGACUUAUCUUCUGCUUCAAAAAGUUGAUUUCUGGCCCGCUAAUGCGGGGUCUGAGGAGAUGCAAGAAAUCAAAAAGCAGCUCACUACCAAGAGGCUGGCGGCCAUGAAGAAGUUGGCACCUGGAACGGGCACUUACUUGAACGAGGCCGAUCCCUUUGAUCCAGAGUGGAAGAAAGACUGGUUCGGGGAUAACUAUGACUGGCUUGUGUCGGUGAAGAGAAAGUAUGACCCUGAUCAGGUGUUUUGGUGCUGGCGAUGCGUGGGCAAUGAGGGCUGGGAGGAGGUAACAGGCGGGGCGCUAUUUGGACCUUUAUGCCAAGCGGACUAACUUGCAUUCAGUGUA